AUGAAUUCAUUUUCCUCUACAUCGCUGCUUCCGUCCUUUCCGAAACCUUCAAAUGGCUUGUCUAGUAAUCGGAAAAUCAUAAUCUCUGCAAUUCCUCGCGUUGCAGUAGCAGAAGAUCUUAUAACUCUAACUGCAUACAGCCAUCCUGUGCUGUCUGGAAGUUCCAAGAAUCUCUGCAGCAAAUUUUGUUGUCUGAAACUUUGGCUUCUUGAAAAUCUGAAAUUUCAAUGGCCUAAGAUAAAACAUGAAUGGAAAAAUGAGUUCAAAAUUUUGCAAAUUCACGGCAAAGAUGAGGUACUGGACAAUUCAAAAGCAUCGCAUGAAAGACAAGUUUUUAAAGGAUCACCGGCAUCCAUUUCAUCAAAUGAUUAUAAUGGAGGGAAAGAAUCGAGUUCACAGCCAGAAGGAAAUUCUACAUAUGGUCAACCUUCCAAUGCCAGCAGAGUGAACGUUGUUGCAGAAUCCCCAUCAUAUUCCUCCAUUCAGCGUGCAGAAACUUCUGCACCAAAUUUUCAGUUUGACAAGUCCACAAAAAUUGGGGCUUCCUUGACAUCUCCUCCGUCUUUGCUACAAACUCAAUCCUUUAGUAGCAAUUAUCAGGAUGGUACAUCUAACUCUCUUAGCAUUGCUGUUAUUGGGGCUACUGGUGAACUAGCAAGGAGGAAAAUCUUUCCAGCAUUGUUUGCUCUGUAUUACAGUGGUUUUCUUCCUAAGAAUGUUAAUAUAUUUGGAUAUUCGAGGAAAAAAUUGACAGAUGAUGAGCUCAGAUCCAUGAUAGCUUCAACGCUAACUUGUCGGAUAGAUCAGCAGCAAAAUUGUGAAGACAAAAUAGAUGAUUUUCUUAGAAAAACAUACUAUCUGAAUGGAGGGUAUGAUAACAGAGAGGGAAUGUCAAAGCUUAGUGCUCGAAUGGAACAAAUGGAGGGACAAUUUGGAGCAAAUAGAAUAUUCUACCUUUCUGUGCCCCAAGAAGCAUUGCUGGAUGUUGCAUCAUCUCUUGCUAACAAUGCCCAAAGCCCAAAGGGUUGGAAUCGCAUAAUAAUUGAAAAGCCCUUUGGUUUUGAUUCACAAUCGUCUCACCAGUUGACUCAUGCUCUUCUUUUGAAAAUUGAGGAAAAGCAAUUAUAUAGGAUAGAUCAUCUUUUGGGCAGGAACACCAUUGAAAAUCUAACUGUACUAAGGUUCUCUAAUCUAGUCUUUAUGCCAUUAUGGAACCGAAAUUACAUACGCGAUGUACAGGUCAUUCUAUCUGAAGAUUUGAGUAUGCCGAUACAAUCAAGGUAUCCAAAUGGCUAUGGGAUUAUAGGUGAUAUCGUACACAGUCACGUAUUCCAGACCAUCGCGUUGCUUGCUAUGGAACCUCCUAUAACUCUUGAUGGUGAAGAUGUGCGAAAUGAAAAGGUCAAACUAUUGAGAUCAAUUCGGAAAUUGGAACCUAGUGAUGUAAUACUUGGACAGUGCACCCCUACUCCUGGCUGCAAGGGUGAUGCUAAAUUGGAAAAAGCAACCCCUACAUUCUUUGCUGCUGCUUUGUACAUUGACAAUGCACGUUGGGAUGGUGUCCCGUUUCUGAUUAAAGUUGGCAGAGGACUCAUCAAACACAGAGUUGAAAUACGCAUACAAUUCCGAGAUGUUCCUGGAAAUAUUUUCCGCGGACAUAUCCAGCAUAAUAUAAAUCUAUCCACCAACGAGCUGAUUUUACGUGACAUGCCAGACGAAGCCAUCCUAGUCAGAGUAAACAAUAAGAUUCCAGGACUAGGCAUCCACUUGGAUGCUUCAGAACUGAAUUUGCUUUACAAAGAUAAGUACAAUGUAGAAGUGCCUGAUUCAUAUGAGCAACUUCUUCAUGAUGUAAUAGAUGGAGACAACCAUUUAUUCAUGAGAAGUGAUGAGGUAGCAGCUGCAUGGAAUGUUUUAUCUCCAGUUUUGCACGAGUUGGACAAUGAAAACUUAGUACCGGAACAAUAUGAAUUGGGGGGUAGAGGUCCAGAUAACGCUAUCUAUCUCUGGGCGAAACAUGGGGUUCGAUGGUUGGAUGACUAG